CGAAAGACUCGCCAACCCGAAGCACCGUUUAUCAACGACACCAAGUCCUUGACGACCCGCAGUGAAACGCUCGACAAACUGCGACAGGACUUGUGGUUGACCACGCAGAAGCAGCUCAAGAUCGUUCAACUCAUCCGGAACGAAAUUCCAGAUUGCAAGGACUCCGACGCCAGGAACGUCGUGCACGAUACGACUGAACUGCUACAACACCGCAUAAGCCAGACGCAGACUAUUCUGGAAGGAACUUUCGACUACUCCAUCCAGCUCGACAAGAAGCGUAGACUUAAGAAACAAAAGCAGUAG